AUGUCCCAAGCUCAGCUCUCGCCGUGCAAAAACCAUGUUGCUCAGAUUCAGCCAUUGCCAGACCUGAUAGUAUUGAGCAUCUUUCAAACCCCUCAAAACAAACUACAUCGCUCUUUCCAGGUGCUUGAAGUGAUAAGAAGCAAGUACUCCACCAAUGAUAUCCCAACAACGCUUGAUAUAUCCUUUGCAUGGGAGUACAAACAAAGUGGCAAAGAGUGCCAGAAACUAGCCGUCUUGGUUAAGAAUAUGGCUGCUGUUUUCAUCCUUGACAUUGAUAAAGAUGAGGCAUCACUGGUGUUGAUACGACAUCCUAUUUCCGAAUUGAUUGAGUCGAUUGAAUGGAUACCACCAACAGUUCACCAGAAAGAUACUGGCUAUGCAAACAGCACCCAAUUGGUGUUGUUUUCCGAAUACAAUUUGAGUGCAAACUUAUAUUCGUUGGAUUGCACACGCAAGUUAUGCACCGUGUACAAACCCAUAGAUGAUGGCAUAAUUAUUCGCAAGACCUCAACCGGGAGCUAUUGGUGUUUGAUAGCCGAUACUUUUGAGUACAAUGUUCCUCCAACACUAUACCAGUUUCUCAACACUGGACUGGUCAGCAUUUUGGUGAAUUCAGUCAGGCUACAAAACUUUAUGUCCGAAGAAGCUCUUGUGGACUGGUCAACCAGCGGGAACUGGCUUCAAAUACUAGAUCGAAAUGACACUUUAUCAAGCUACAAUUUAAAAGUGUAUGGGUCAAAUGGCAGUUUUGGGCCCGAUUUGACCAAGCCAGUGGUGCAGCUUGAAUUUUAUAACGAAGUGAAAGAGAAGGGAGAGAUCAUGGUGUCAAAAGGUGGAGUUCACAGUUGUUGGUGCUCCUCAGGGGAAACUGAGUUGCUACUACUUGCGAGAGUCAUUGGACCAUACUUGGAGAUUCGAGGUGUAUCCAUGAGAUUGUUGAAAGUGGUGCUACAUGUGACCAAGACUUUGGAAGAGGUGGCUGCAAAGAGAAAUAGUUUUGGAGUUGUCAAAAUUUCAUAUCUCCACCCCCUCGUCUUUGUACAGCUCGGCAAUCACAUCGUAUAUCUUUUCAAAUUCGACAUUGAUGACACUGCAUUGCAUUAUGUGACUUGGAUCGAGACGCAGCUGCUGAUCCUCGAUAUUCUUUCCGAUGAGAGUCGAUGCUUCAUCGUAUCCGAGCACCAAAUUGUACUUUACGAGAACGGGGUGGAGAAGAUAUUGUUGUCAACCAAUGCGGCAAUUUAUUCCGCCUCUUUACUCGACAACCAGACGAUUAUCGUCUUUGCUCGAGAAGCCAACGGGGAGUUUUGGGAGUAUCUCAGCAUCAAACAGUCUACACAAAGCAACAAGAGCAGUGCCGGCUCAAAUACAAUGGACGAAGUAACCGAUACUUUUGCUAAUCGAAAACGGGCCAGAUUCAAAUAA